AUUCGAAAGCGAAUAAGCGUUAAAAUGGCUUCAGUGUCCUCCUCAGGUUUCGAGUACGUUAUACAGCGUCCACCCCAGGCAAGGAUCUGCUUCGGAUCUAGCAUCGAACGGGAAACGGUCCCACUGCAAGGACCGGCCAUGAGUGCGUUGAUGCGACGCCGGCAACCGGAGCUGUUGGGUGAAAAUCUUGCUCCCGGAUGUCACAACAUUAGCUACGAUGCAGGGACACCAGAUGCGCAUCCGGCACUGCGAAAGCGGGUAAGCCGUAAAGGAUACGGGCCACUGAUUGCGACGAGCGUGAGGUUCAACUUUGAAGAGGUAAGCAACAGUCCCGGGGUUGGAGAUUAUGAGCUGACGGGCAGGAAGCCAUCUAAACCGAAACAAUCAGCUAAACCUUUCGGUAGUGGAACGGACGAUCGUACGAAGGAUCAUUCACUAGCGUAUCCUGGUGUUGGAACGUAUGUCUUCAAAACGCGCAAGGACAUUCGGAGCCAUUCGUUUGGUGGAACUAUCAAAAUUAUGCCCGCUGCAAGGACGAUCUGCAAGACGGAUAACUUUGAUCGUUGUCAGCGGUGUGACGAACGGCCGGAGGUGGAUUACUGGAAGAAUUUAAGGACGGAACGAUGUCUUUGUCGGCGCUGUAUGGUGAAGGAGCUAGACGAAGCAAGAAGUCACUCGAAAAGCAAGUCCGAGCAGAAGAAACGUGCUGAGGCUUUGAAGGAGUACAAGCGCGUACGACAUUGUGCAUACUACCAUCGGCAUGAUAAGACCAGCGCUGCAAUACAGUUCAUCAGCAACAAACAGUUGAAGCGCAAAUUCCGGUUGGAAAAUUAUCUAUCGAUGUUUGAAUAG